AUGGAUUCCAAGUUGUUUCCUCGUGAAUCACGUAGUUACUGGAAUAACCAUACUCCAAACAAGUGGUUCAGGCAAGCCAAGGCGAACGUAAAAAUCAACAAUGAGAAGGCCAAACUAUUGUUUGACUCGGGAGCUGAAGUCUCAAUCAUCGACACCACCUUUGCUCGUAAGGUUGGAUGUGUCAUAGAUGAGAGUCAGAAGCAAGAAUGCGUGGGUAUCGGAGAAAAUGUGUACAUGGCAGAAGGCCGCACAAAGGUGAAGAUCACGCUGAAUGGCUCAUUGGUGUACUACUUUGAUGUAUGGGUGGGUAACCAAGUGGGAAAAGAAGCAAUUUUAGGGAUGGACUUCAUGAUACCGGCUGGAAUACGCCUUGACCUGGCAGACGGAACAGUGUGCUUGCCGGACGAAGUCAGAAUUCAAAUGGACGGUACAAGAUCACCUUAUGGGGCGAAGAUACAACGAAUUGCGGCGGAUGAGAAGUAUUUGGCGAUACCGGUGGGUGACUCAGGGGAGAUAAAUGUUGGUCGGGUUACAAUGCAGUAG